CCGUUUUGAUCCGGCUGUCCAGUCAGCCCGAGACAAGACCCCGAGUGUCGUCAUGACGCGAGUACCGGGACCACCCUUGUGGUCCAUUCUGGUCUUAAUCGUCGUAUUUGGUUUGGCGACGAUUCAGGCUAAAUAUGACGAAAAGAGAAGGUUUGACCGGUCAAUUGAUCAGCCAGAAACUACUCUUGGCACAUCUCAUAGGCCCAGUAAACAGCGAACAUUCAAUGAUUACGAAACGCAUUACAUCGCCUACAAGGACGCGAAGUUGAAUGUGUGCUACUUGGAACCUAUGAGAAACAUUUCUUCUAAUGGCCUGAACCUCUUGCAAGAAAUUCUCCACAAUGCAGCUGGUCGUCAAAGGACUCUCUAUGUCUCGAACCAAGUCCUGACUAAAAUAGAAGUUUGGCGUCUCGCUGGAGGUCGUAUAGUUGAGUUUUGCCGGGGACGAUCCGCGGUAUUGCUACAGGAAAUCAAACCCACUCCAGGACAUAUGGAGGAUCCUUUCCUUAACGAAAUUGCAGAGGACGAAAACGACGUUGUGCAACGUCGCGUAGCUGAUGUUGUCUUGAAACCCUUAUACGCUCGUGUAAAGAGGCAAACUCAGCUUCAGAAACGGCAGCAGCUUAAUGCGAAAAUUGCAUUGCGUCAACGUCGUCAGGCACCGUUUCGAGGUCGUUUUCGUGGACAAACUCAAUCGCAGUAUCUAAAUUUUGGUGAGGGACAACCAAAGGAAGGAAAAGCCGAAGCCAGGGUAACACAUGAUUCAUCUCAUGCGGUUGUUAGUGGGACGAAUGGUAUGGGCCAGGCGCAGAGUAUGUCCUCAGGUGGAAGUGACUGUGACGAAUGUCCGGGAUAUCGUCAGCAAACAUACCCAGGUCAAGGUGGAGGAAUCAGUUCUCAAGGUCCUGCGUGGUCCUAUCCAACUGGAAGACCAUCAAGUGGAAGUGAUUACUUACCUAAUUAUAAACCGACAUCUGGUUGGCAACAGAGUGGAUCUGGAUCAACGGGCCAGCAAACGGUGGGAAAUAAGUUAGAUAAUCUAUUGCUGCCAAAACAAUACACGAGUGAAAAACAAGGUGGUUUGCCUAGUCAACCAAAUAGUAAAUAUGUUGUUGGCGGCCCUGGUAGUGCUGCUGGUGUAUAUCCUGUAAUUCCUGGUGCUGGUGGUGUACUGAGUGGUCCUGGGGGACAAAAUACUGGCAGAGGCCCCAGUGGUAUUAGUGGUGUUUAUCCUGUUGUUCCUGGUGGUGGUGGUGCACUGAGUGGUCCAGGGGGCCAGAAUACUGGCAGAGACCAUAGUGGUACUAGUGGUGUAUAUUCUGGCAUUGGUCCAGGUGAUAGAGGAGAUGGACCGUAUACUAGCAUUGGCCCUGGUGGUAUUGGAGGUAAACAACCUAGCAUUGGCCCUAGUGGCGUAGGAAGUGGACAGCACCCUGGCAGUGGCACUGGUGGCGUAGGAGGACAGUAUCCUGGCAGAGGUCCUGGUGGCGUAGGAGGACAAUAUCCUGGCAGUGGUUCUGGUGGCGUAGGAGGACAAUAUACUGGCAGUGAUUCUGGUGGCGUAGGAGGACAGUAUCCUGGCAGAGGUCCUGGUGGCGUAGGAGGACAAUAUCCUGGCAGUGGUUCUGGUGGCGUAGGAGGACAGUAUCCUGGCAGUGGUCCCGGUAGCAUAGGAGGACCGUAUCCUGGCAGUGGUUCUAAUGGUAUUGACGGUGGACAGCGCCCUGGCAGUGGUUCUGGUGGCGUAGGAGGACAGUAUCCUGGAAGUGGUCCUGGUGGCGUGGGAGGACAGUAUCCUGGCAGUGGUUCUAGUGGUGUUGGAGGUGGACAGCACCCUGGCAGUGGUCCUGGUAGCACAGGAGGACAGUAUCCUGGUAGUGGUUCUAGUGGUGUUGGAGGUGGACAGUAUCCUGGAAGUGGUCCUGGUGGCGAAGGAGGACAGUAUCCUGGCAGUGGUCCUGGUGGCGUAGGAGAACAGUAUCCUGGCAGUGGUCCUGGUAGCGUAGGAGGACAGUAUCCUGGAAGUGGUCCUGGUGGUGUAGAACGACAGUAUGCUGGCAGUGGUCCUGGUGGCGUCGGAGGACAGCACCUUGGCAGUAGUUCUGGUAGCGUAGGAGGACAGUAUCCUGGCAGUGGUCCUGGUGGCGUAGGAGGACAGUAUCCUGGCAGUGGUUCUAGUGGUGUUGGAGGUGGACAGCACCCUGGCAGUGGUUCUGGUGGUGUAGGAGGACAGUAUGCUGGAAGUGGUCCUGGUGGCGUAGGAGGUGGACAGCACCCUGGCAGUGGUUCUGGUGGUGUAGGAGGACAGUAUGCUGGAAGUGGUCCUGGUAGCGUAGGAGGACAGUAUCCUGGCAGUGGUUCUAGCGGUAUUGGAGGUGGACAGCACCCUGGCAGUGGUUCUGGUGGUGUAGGAGGACAGUAUCCUGGAAGUGGUCCUGGUGGCGUAGGAGGACAGUAUCCUGGCAGUAGUUUUGGUGCCGUCGGAGGACAGUAUCCUGGUAGUGGUUCUGGUGGCGUAGGCGGACAGUAUCCUGGCAGUGGUUCUAGUGGUGUUGGAGGUGGACAGCACCCUGGCAGUGGUUCUGGUGGUGUAGGAGGACAGUAUCCUGGCAGUGGUCCUGGUAGCGUAGGAGGACAGUAUCCUGGAAGUGCUCCUGGUGGCGUAGGAGGACAGUAUCCUGGCAGUGGUCCUGGUGGCGUAGGAGGACAAUAUCCUGGUAGUGGUUCUGGUGGCGUAGGCGGACAGUAUCCUGGCAGUGGUUCUAGUGGUAUUGGAGGUGGACAGCACCCUGGCAGUGGUCUUGGUAGCGCAGGAGGACAGUAUCCUGGCAGUGGAUCUGGUGGCGUAGGUGGACAGUAUCCUGGCAGUGGUUCUGGUAGCGUAGGAAGACAGUAUCCUGGCAGUGGUUCUAAUGGUGUUGGAGGUGGACAGUAUCCUGGUAGUGGUUUUGGUGGUGUAGGCGGACAGUACCCUGGCAGUGAUUCUAGUGGUGUUGGAAGUGGGCAGUAUCCUGGCAGUGGUCCUAGUGGCGUAGGAGGGCAGUAUCCUGGUAGUGGUUCCGGUGGCGUAGGAGGACAGUAUCCUGGCAGUGGCUCUGGUGGCGUAGGAGGACCGUAUCCUGGCAGUGGCUCUGGUGGCGUAGGAGGACCGUAUCCUGGCAGUGGCUCUGGUGGCGUAGGAGGACCGUAUCCUGGUAGUGGUCCUGGUGGCGUAGGAGGACAGUAUCCUGGCAUUAGUCCUGGUGGUGUCGGAGGACAGUAUCCUGGCAGUGGUUCUGGUGGUGUUGGAGGUCAGUAUCCUGGUAGUGGUUCUACUGGUGUAGGAGGAGGACAGUAUCCUGGUAGUGGUUCUAGUGGUGUAGGAGCAGGACAGUAUCCUGGUAGUGGAUCUAGUGGCACUGUUGGUGGUUCUGGAGGAUAUCCCGGAAUUGUUCCUGGUAAUACCGGAGGUGGAUAUUAUGGCAGUGGUCCUGGAGGCAGUGGAGGUGGAUAUCUUGGUGGCGGUCCUGGUAACGCUGGAAGUGGUUAUCCUGGAAGCGGUAUAGAUGGUACUGGAGGUCCAAAUAGACCUGGGUGGUAUUCGGGCCAACCUGUCACUGAUGGGUCCCGUCAAAAUGGACCUCCAGUUGGGUUAUUACAGAAAGAAAAUAUCAUGUCGCAGCAGUAUUAUCCAUCAUCUGGGUUACAAGGUUCCGAUGAUGACGGAGAUUCGCAAGCUUCGAGUUCAGUACAGAAAGCAAAUUCCGGGACCACAGCUAGUGCAUCAGCUCAAGGAAAGCAUGGACAGGGGACGGCACAAUCUCAAGUUUCAGGAACUUACAGCGGUUCCGGAUCAUUUUCUGCUCAGGCGGGUACCAAUGAUGGCUCUAAAGGUGCUCAGACUCAAGUUAGUGGUGGUAAGCAGGGUGCGACAAGCAGUGCACAGGGCUCUGGAGGUCGUGGCAAGAGCCAGGCUCAAGUACAGCUUCAUUCGAAUACAGGAGCUACAUCGUCGGAUGCACAAAGCAGCGGCUGGAAUCAUGGCACAAACUCGCAAGUACAAACAAGUUCCAAAGGCGGAAUGGCAGACGCACAAGCUAACGGCGAAGGAAGCACCUCGAGUCAGGCCCAAAUAGGCUUCCAGCCUUACGAAAAAGAAAAUGACCAAUCGCAGACGAAUUCGUCAAUAUUCCUAGGCGGUGGAACUGCUUCUGCACAAAGUGGGACAUACAGAGGUCAAUCACAGGCACAGUUGCAUGGCUCGUUUAAAUAUGGUUUAUCAUAUAACGGAGCUGCUCAGGCCGGUUCUGGUUCAGGGGCUGCUGCUUCUAGAAAACCUUUCAACUUUUCGAGUUCCAAUUCAGAGCUGUUCAAGCCGUUUAGUCCAUUUCCAACCGUCGUAAUUUCAUCCGAAGAAGUGACAACUGACAGAAAUUUACAACCAACCGAAGGGUUGCCAGAAGAUGAAGAAGGCGGUGAUGACCUUUACGAACCACAGACACAGAACAGCGGAACACCAUCUCCACUUAUUCAGAAAUCAUAUAGUACAAUGUUCAAUCCUUCGGAUCCAACGAGAGCACCUGGAGGGUAUAACAAUCCCGGACCAACUCGCAGCUCAUUGCAAGAGACAAAAGUGGCUGAAACUUAUGAGCAAGUAAAUGCAAAUUCAGAAGAUUAUGAUGAAGAGUAUACAGAAGAAGACUAUUACGACACUACGCCAACCGUAUUCCCACCUGACGGUGUGACUAAAGAUGAUAGUGGUAUCACCACGAGCAGCAAACAACCAAAUCAAUAUCAACAGACUCACGUUUCGAAUGGAGAAUACGGCACACGUGUCACACAAGACUCUACAACGGGAUUUCGUGAGGGGGAUAUUCUCCAAUCAGGACAAUCUUUACCAGGAUUUACAAUCCCUCCUGGAUACCGUGGCAGGGUAGUGUCUGUUUCCGGCAGCGACACAUUAGCUAAAGGUGACGGAAAUUCGCAGUCCCAAACGCUUACGCUAACUCCAGGGAAAAACAACGUAACUUAUGAAAAUCGUACCAAGGAAUCAGCAGCGGCCCAUUCAAGAGCUUUGCAAACUCCACGUAACCGCUUUAGAUAUGACAACAGAAGAUACCAACAACCCGCAGUACCACACAGUUACUUGCGCUCCCGUCCUAGUCCAUCCAGUAAGCCUAAUUAUUACACGAUCAGCAACAGCGUUGCAGGUAAGAUACAAGGCAAUAGAGACACAGCUCGCAAGUACGAACACCGUUACUACACAAAAAGCUCCACUUGUGGAUACUUUACGUUCUCUUGCAAUAUCGUCUACGGCUCUAAUGGGCGAACUAAGGUCUGUAAGCCAAAAAUGCCGACGAACUCGGAUGGUAGUCCAAUAAAAUGCUGAAAAUCUGUCUGAAAAUCUACGUGACUUUCUACACACAUAUCAUUAAACUUUCAGAAUACUUACUGUAACUAACGUCGAUAUAUUCACAUUUGUUUUCAUUGCACUGCCUUCUUCAAAUAACGCAAGUAUUCAUAUGAAAAAUUUAUCUCAAAGAUUGGGUCGUAUAAUUUUAAGGAAUUAAAUUCUAUAUAGUUAACGUUUUAACUUUUCCGAUCAUUACACAGAAUUGAUUUUUCAAUCUUUGAAAGUAUAUACAAAAAUAGUGUUACAAUCUGUCGUUAUGCGAGAGAACGCAAGUAAUUAAGUAUACUUGUCCGACGAUUUUUCAAUUACGA